UCUAUCCUUGUAUGCUACUACUCUCUUUUAUAUAUUUCUAUAAACCAACGUAAAAAAAACAAAUCCAUGGGGUUCUUCGCUUCACAAUCCCAACGCACUUGUCUCUCUAUCACUUCUUCUCCUCCUCCGUCUCUUCACAAAUGUCACGUAACCCUAGAUUCUGCUUCUUCCUCUUCCUUUUCUUAAACUCCUCUGUUUUCUUCUCCAUCCCCUGUUUCUCCAUUGACGAACAAGGCCAAGCUCUGCUCUCAUGGAAAUCUCAGCUAAACAUCUCCGCCAACUAUUUAGCCUCUUGGAACGCCGCAGAAUCAAAUCCUUGCAAAUGGGUCGGAAUCAGAUGCAACGCGAGAGGCCAAGUCUCGGAGAUACAACUCCAAGUCAUGGACUUCCAAAGCCCAUUACCGUCGACCGAUCUCCGGCGGUUAAAGUCGCUGACUUCACUCAGUUUAACCUCCGUGAAUCUCACUGGUUCCAUCCCAAAGGAGCUCGGAGACUUGCCUGAGCUCGAAGUUCUCGAUUUAGCUGAUAACUCUCUCUCCGGUGAGAUCCCUGUCGAAAUCUUCAAGCUCAAGAAACUCAAGACUCUGUCUCUCAACACCAACAACCUCGAAGGUGUGAUUCCUUCGGAGCUAGGGAACCUCACUAGCCUCCUCGAGCUCACUCUCUUCGACAACAAACUCGGUGGAGAGAUUCCAAAGAGUAUCGGACAACUCAAGAAUCUAGAGAUAUUCCGUGCGGGCGGGAACAAGAAUCUAAGAGGAAAGCUUCCUUGGGAGAUAGGCAACUGCGAGGGGCUCGUGACUUUAGGUCUCGCCGAGACGAGUCUCUCCGGUAAACUCCCGGCCUCGAUCGGGAACCUCAAACACGUUCGGACAAUAGCUUUGUACACGUCGCUCUUGUCGGGUCCAAUCCCCGACGAGAUUGGGAACUGCACGGAGCUUCGAAACCUUUACUUGUACCAAAACUCGAUCUCCGGUUCGAUUCCGACCGCGCUGGGGCGUCUCGAGAAGCUUCAAAGUCUUCUCUUGUGGCAGAACAAUCUCGUCGGGAAAAUCCCAAACGAGCUCGGGAACUGCCCGGAGCUUUUCCUAAUCGAUCUAUCGGAGAAUCUCCUUACCGGGAACAUCCCGAGAAACUUGGGGAGCCUUCUCAGUCUCCAAGAGCUUCAGCUCAGCGUUAACCAGCUCUCUGGGACCAUCCCCGAAGAGCUAGCGAACUGCAGGAUGCUGACGCAUUUGGAGAUUGACAACAACCGAAUCUCCGGCGAGAUUCCGCCGUUGAUUGGUGAAUUAACGAGCUUGACGAUGUUCUUCGCGUGGUCUAAUCAGUUAACCGGGAAUAUACCGGAGAGUCUUUCUCAAUGCGAGGAGCUUCAAGCGAUUGAUCUCUCUUACAACGGUUUAACCGGUUCGAUCCCUAGCGGAAUCUUCGAGCUAAGAAACCUCACGAAGCUUCUUCUCCUGUAUAACGACUUGUCUGGACUCAUACCGCCGGAGAUUGGGAACUGCACGAAUCUUUACCGGCUUCGACUCAACGGAAACAUAAUCACAGGGAAUAUUCCGGGUGAGAUUGGGAAUUUGAAAAACCUCAACUUUAUCGAUAUUAGCGAAAACCGUCUCAUAGGAAACAUUCCUCCGGUUAUCUCCGGUUGCGUAAGCCUCGAAUUCGUUGAUCUGCAUUCCAACGGUUUAACCGGUUUGAUACCCGGUACGCUUCCAAAGAGCUUGCAGUUAAUCGAUUUCUCCGGUAAUUCACUAACCGGUUCUCUACCAUCCGGUAUCGGGUCGUUAACCGAACUCACGAAGCUUAACCUCGCGAAGAAUCGUCUCUCCGGCGAAAUCCCUAAAGAAAUCUCCUCUUGUCGGAGUCUCCAGCUUCUCAACCUCGGCGACAAUAGCUUCACCGGAGAGAUACCAGACGAGUUAGGACGAAUCACUACACUCGCGAUUUCUCUCAAUCUGAGCUGUAACUCCUUCACCGGAGAGCUCCCGCCGCGAUUCUCCAGCCUCGUGAAUCUCGGAUCGCUCGAUAUCUCUCACAACAAACUCGCCGGAAACCUAAACGUCUUGGCUGAUCUCCAGAACUUAGUCUCACUCAACAUCUCCUUCAACGACUUCUCCGGCGAGUUACCGAACACACUGUUUUUCAAGAAACUGCCACUCUCUGUACUCGAAUCCAACAAGGGGCUUUUCAUCUCGGCCCGGCCCAAUAACGAGACCCAAACCCGACACAGAUCCGCAGUGAGACUAACCGUGUCGAUCCUCGUCGCAGCAAGCGUGGUUCUCGUUCUCAUGGCGGUUUACACUCUCGUCAAAGCGCAACGAGUCGCCGGAAAAACAGAGGAGCUAGACACGUGGGAAGUGACGCUCUACCAGAAACUCGAUUUCUCAAUCGACGACAUCGUCAAAAACCUUACUUCGGCCAACGUGAUCGGAACCGGAAGCUCCGGCGUGGUGUACAGAGUCACCAUCCCGUCCGGUGAGACUCUAGCGGUGAAAAAAAUGUGGCCGAAGGAAGAAACCGGAGCGUUUAACUCGGAGAUCAACGCGCUCGGAUCGAUCCGACAUCGGUACAUAAUCCGUCUUUUGGGCUGGUGUUCUAACAAGAACGUGAAACUGCUGUUUUACGAUUAUCUCCCCAACGGGAGUUUAAGCUCUCUGCUUCACGGUGCUGGUAAAGGGAGAGGUGGAAGGGCUGAUUGGGAGGCUCGAUACGAUGUCGUUUUAGGUGUUGCGCAUGCCUUAGCUUAUCUCCACCAUGAUUGUCUACCUCCGAUUCUACACGGCGACGUUAAAGCUAUGAAUGUCUUAUUGGGUUCCCGGUUCGAACCUUACUUAGCCGAUUUCGGUUCUGCCAAAACCGUAAAUACCGAUGGAGAUUCGUCGAAAUCGAGUAACCGGCCUCCGUUUGCUGGUUCUUACGGUUACAUGGCUCCAGAACAUGCCUCCAUGCAACGUAUAACAGAAAAGAGUGAUGUGUGUAUAGCUACGGAGUGAUAUUAUUAGAGGUGUUAACCGGAAAGCAUCCAUUGGAUCCGGAUCUACCGGGAGGUGCACAUUUGGUUCAAUGGGUGAGAGAUCAUCUAGCCGAGAAAAAGGCUCCAGGAGAGAUUCUAGACCCGAGACUACGUGGACGAGCAGAUCCAAUAAUGCACGAGAUGCUCCAAACGUAAGCGGUCGCAUUCCUCUGCGUGAGCAAUAAGGCAGCCGAUCGGCCUAUGAUGAAAGAUAUUGUGGCAAUGCUUAAAGAGAUUAGGCAGUCUGGCAUCUGACGGUCGGAAGCUGAUAUGAUAAAAGGCGGAGAAUGGCAGCCGCAUCCGUUGCCGCCGGAGAAAAUUGUCACUCCUCGAGGUUCACCUAUUUGUUCGUUCACGUUCUCUGAUGAAUCCGUAUAAAAACGUAUAGCACUAUACUGCAAUUAGGGUGAUGACAUUUAGAAAGAUGUGUAAUAUUUGUUGUUAAUGAUUUUAUUAGAAUCAUUGAGAAAGAACCUUUGGGCUUA